AUGGUACACCUGCUGCUACCCUUUACUAUUCCCGCCGUACAGGGUCGCAGGGUACCACCGUGGCAUUUAAGGAUGGCAAGAAGUCAAGGGCCAAACACAUGUGUUGUUGAAGAAAUUCCUGGAACAAAUAAGAAGUUUUGGACAGAAUGUAAAUAUUGGAUGCAUCGUGAAGUUUGUGGAACGAAAACAGUGAUACGUUACGAAUGUUGCGAAGGUUUUCAACAAGUCAGAGGAAAGCCUGGAUGCAGCGGAGUGAAACCUAUGCUCAACCUUCUGGAAACAAUGGUGGAAUUAGGAGCCACUAAAUUUGUGGAUUAUGCUAUCCAAGCAGGUUUAGCAGACCGUCUAAGAUUGCCCGGAGAGGCAAUGACUGUUUUUGUUCCAACGAACCAAGCCUUUAAGAGUUUAAAUUCUAUCCAGAGAGCUGCAUUAGAACGUAGUUUGAGAAAUCCUAAUUCUUCGUAUUUACUUUAUCAUAUGGUGGGAAAGAAAUUGCUUUCUCGAGAUUUUGAAGCGGAUCAAGAAAUUUCAAGUUUAAACAGAGGAGAUAUUUUAAGAGUAAAUAGGUAUUCCAAUGGCAUGAUGACGGUGAAUUGUAAGCCGGUCAUCCGGAAAGAUCAUCAUGCUACAAAUGGUAUUGUACAUGUCAUAGACGAAGUAUUAAUACCACCAGGAAAAUACGAAAGAUUAUCUAUACCAGAGUUAAUAAUAGAAGAUGGUAGGUUUAGAGAACUUUCUAGUGCUAUGGUUCAAUCGGAGCAUGUCAAUGAAUUACGACGAGGAGGGCCAUACACUAUUUUUGCACCAUCCGAUGAAUCUUUUCAGAAGAUCUUACCAAAUGAAAUGGCGCGAAUAAGGAGAGAUCCAAAAGCUCUUGCUGGUAAGUUAUGCAAUUAA